UUCAUCAGCUUGUUCUUGAAAUCAAGGCUUGCAUGCAAAGCAACAAGGACCAUUCAGCCACAUAUAUACCAUCAUAUACUCUCUUCAUGACUUUCAACCCACAGAUAUGGCAUUCUUCAACAGGGUGUCACCUGCACUGGUGGAAAUCCUGAACAAGUUGCAGAGUGGUGAAAGCUUAACAGACUUCGAUCAUAACCUAUAUGAAUAUGGCUCAGUUCGAUACAAUAUCCAGGCAUCGGCAUCAAGUCCACAAAUUGUUAACUUGUCCACAUGGAUGCCACCACUUUCUCCAGAGUUCUCUUCAGAUUGUCUACCUGACUGUGCCCUACAAGAUGUCAAAAGGGUAUACCUUGAUUCUGCAGAAGUAGUGGAACCUUCGAAGCAAGGUUAUAUGCUUACUCUCAGAAUCGACUUUGCGGAACUUCCACAGAGAAAAGAAGAUCGGAUGAAGGCUAUCAGCGAGAUCUCCUCAUUACACGCAGUCAUACUGAGUUCACAAAUGAAGGAUAUGUUGUGGAACCUUGAACCCAGGUACAUGGGCAAUGGCAUGUGCAACCCAAUCAAGAUUGUCCAUCAGCUGAAAGAGCCCUUCUUUGUCAUCAAAAUGCUGGAGAAGACAACCGUGAUAUAUCCCAUGCGCUUCAAAGAUGAUACGGAUGUAAUUUUGGCAACAUCAUUCUUUCAGGAACUUGUAGAUGUUAGCAAUUUAGAAGCACACUACAAAGCACCACGUUGCACCUGGUCACCAAUCCCUCCUCUGGAGUUGAGAGGAGAGCCAUUCCAAUAUCUGACAACAAAUGGAGGAUUUGUAUCCCUAGAAAUUUUCUCACAACACAUCAGAGGUACAAAGGCAGACAAUACUGUCUGGAAUUUACUGACUUUCGUUUCCUAUGUAAAGUAUCAUGUAAAGUGCACCAGAGGCUUUAUCCAAAGAAAGAUGAGGCAGCGUCAGGAAAGCUUAACUGAGGUAAUAAGAAGUGCAAGAAUCAGAGGAGAUGAAGAUGUCAAAAAACAUCAAAUCGGUGGUCACAAAAAUGUUAAGAAAUUGAUGAAUUUCUCAAGAUCAAAGAUGUUCAAAAAGAGGUAUACAAUCAUAACUAACAAAAUCAAGAAAUUCCACUAUCGGAUCAAAAUAAAGUGGCUACUACAUCGGUUUCGACGGCAAUGGCUUAGAGUUCAAAAGAUCCCUUUGUUGAGGAAGUACAGAAAAUUAGAUUAAGCAUCAUCAGCUUCCCAAAUAAACCAUUAUAACAAAUAAGUUGUGUGAGGAGCAAAAGGAAUGGCUGUUGAUGCAUCUCAUCUUGAAAACAAAGGAUUCAGGUACAUGCUGGCAUAAA